AUGGAAUCCCAUCCGAAAUCAGCACAAAGCAGUGCCGCAACACCGUUGAAGACAGCCAACUUAGCUGGUAUAUUCCACAAGUUCCCACAGCUACCUCUUGAAUUGCGUUUCCUCAUCUGGGAACAAGCUCUGUACCAGCUAGACGCUGAAGGGCAGCCACUGUUUGCCAAGCUGCCGCGAACUUUGGAGAAGAAAGCUGCCAUACAAGAUGCAGUCGAAAAGGCUAGGGAAUCUCCAGAACUUUUGGAAUCCUCAAAGCAUACGCCCAGGGAUUGCAAACAAUUCUCGGUGCAUGGCACGUCUUCAAUGCAUUUCGUUGAUUGUCAAUAG